CUUACGAUCACGAUCAGUACUGUUUCAGCAUCUAGUCACACCGGCUCAUGAUCACAUGGUGUCACGUGAAAUCGGAAAGCGGCUGAAAUCACAUGAUAUCAUAAAGCGGCGAAAACAGAUACAAAUCGUUCGCUUUCUCAAUUUCUGUUCGAUUUAUUAGUUUGCUUUUUCAACUAACGCAACAAUGAGGAUAGUUGUGACACUAAUUCUAGCUGUUGGAGUUGUAUGCUGCCAUGGCUUGCACAGAAUUAAGCUGCUCAAAGCGAAAUCAGCUCGAAGGACUUUAGAAGAAGUUGGAUCAUCCAUUCAAUCUCUUAGACUGAAGUAUAAUGAGAACUACCGCAUCGGUGGACCGGUACCUGAACCAUUGACUAAUUACUUGGAUGCCCAGUACUAUGGAGCCAUUGGUAUUGGUUCCCCUCCACAGCCUUUCAAUGUAGUGUUUGACACUGGAUCCUCCAACCUCUGGGUGCCUUCUAAGAAGUGCAAAAUCACAGAUAUAGCUUGCUUGUUGCACAACAAGUAUGACAGUACCAAAUCCUCCACGUACAAGGCCAAUGGUACAGAGUUUGCUAUCCAGUACGGAUCUGGAUCCCUUAAAGGAUUCCUUAGCACUGACACCGUCACCAUAGGGACAUUAAAAAUCAAGGACCAGACAUUUGCGGAAGCCACUGAGCAGCCAGGCAUCACAUUUGUGGCGGCUAAGUUUGACGGAAUCUUGGGUAUGGGCUACAGCACGAUAUCUGUGGACGGUGUGACGCCUGUCUUUGACAACGCUGUCGCUCAGGGGCUGGUCAGCCCCGCCAUGUUCUCCUUCUGGCUGGACAGGAAUCCGGACAGCCCAAAUGGUGGUGAGCUUAUUUUUGGUGGCAGUGACCCCUCCAAAUAUACAGGCAACUUUUCCUACAGUGCAGUGACCCGGAAAGGGUACUGGCAGUUCAAAAUGGAUGGUGUCAGUGUGGCAGAUAGCACAUACUGCAAUGGCGGCUGUCAGGCGAUCGCAGACACAGGGACCUCUCUUCUGGCCGGCCCCUCCAGUGAGAUUGAGAAGCUGAACAAGCAGAUCGGGGGGACUCCCAUUGUAGGGGGAGAGUACAUCAUUGAUUGUGGAACCAUCGACCAGCUUCCACCAGUGACGUUCACACUGGGAGGAAAGCAAUUCACACUGACAGGCGCCGAAUAUGUGCUCAAGGUCAGUCAAGCCGGAACGACCACCUGCAUUGUGGGCUUCAUAGGACUGGAUGUGCCUGCUCCCCUGGGACCGCUGUGGAUUCUUGGAGACAUCUUUAUCGGCAAAUACUACACAGAGUUUGACAUGCAGAACAACAGAGUGGGCUUUGCUCAGUCAGUACAGAAUGUCACAGCUGUGAACACUUCUGUGGAUCCCUUUGAGAUUUACCGUCUUCAACCUGCCAGGCUACGACCAACAGGCAAUAAGUGAUACACGGUUGUCUUUGCUGUUGUAGAUCUGAUGCUGUAGUUUCAAAGCUCAUUUAGAAGGAAAACUAAUACUUUGGAUCAAUAGAACUUAAUUCUGAUUUAUUUUGUGCUUAAACUCUUGUGAAAUUACGUUUUAUUUGUUUUACCAGAUCAAAAUUCUUAAUAUUGUAGUCAACUUUAAAUAAAAUGCCACAAUAUUUUUUUCAAUAUGUAAUAGGUAAGUUUAAUAAUAUGAAAAAAAACACUAAAAAUAGAUGUGUGACAUUUAUAUGAAUAGUUCAGAUAAAGUGUAAGUCAUUGUACGAAGCAAUGUGGGAAUAAACUGGCAAUUAAUAUUAAAUAAAUUAGUAACUGAUGUACUUCUUAAGUGUAUACAUUGAAGUGUAAAUGUAUGAUCUGCCUCUUGUCAUAAACUUUAACAGCUUUGAGCUUGGUGUACUUUUUCUAUUCUGCUUAUUACAUAUGGUUUAUGGAAUGUUAUAUUACAUGAAUCUCACUGUGAUUUGUCACAUGUUAUAUCAUGUGAACCAUGGUGUUAUUUAUAACAUGCUAGUAUAUCAUGUGCAUCUCAAUAUGAUUUGUGACAUGCUUAUCUCUUGUAUACUGAUGUGAUUUGUAAUUUUUUAUCAUGUUAAAAUCAAUGUGACAUUUGUCACAUGAAAUAUCAUGCGAGUCUAAAUGUGAUGCAAAAAAGCAUAUACCUAACUAGUCCAGAGCUCCAGAUCCUAUUUUAAAGCACUCAUCAUGCAGGGUAAGUCUCAGUGAAAUCCCACAAAUUCUUAUAGUAUAAUUUGUACUUUUCUUAAGUCAAAGUUUGUUUUGUAAAUAAUUUGUAAUUAUGAUGUUUUGUUUCAUAUAAUAUGACAGUUGACAGUUACUGAUUUUAAUAAAUAUUAAAUAAACCAGUUUUUAUACGCCCGUAUAAAAUACGGGACGUAUUAUGUGAAACCCCUUGGCGGGCGGGCGGGGCGGCGGGCGGAAGGCAUCACUUUGUCCGGACUCUAAUUCAAAUUGUAUUCAUCCGAUCUUCACCAAACUUGGUCAGCAGUUGCAUCUAGUUGAUAUCUAGGCCAAGUUCGAAUAUGGGUCAUGCCGGGUCAAAAACUAGGUCAUAGGGUCAAUAAGUGCAUUUUCAAAGGGGCCACUUUGUCCGGACUCUAUUUCAAAUUGUAUUCAUCCGAUCUUCACCAAACUUGGUCAGCAGUUGCAUCUAGUUGAUAUAUAGGCCAAGUUCGAAUAUGGGUCAUGCCGGGUCAAAAACUAGGUCAUAGGGUCAAUUAGUGCAUUUUCAACGGCGCCACUUUGUCCGGACUCUAAUUCAAAUUGUAUUCAUCCGAUCUUCACCAAACUUGGUCAGUAGUUGCAUCUAGUUGAUAUCUAGGUCAAGUCCGAAUAUGGGUCAUGCUGUGUCAAAAACUAGGUCAAAGGGUCAAUUAGUGCAUUUUACUUUGUCCGGACUCUAAUUCAAAUUGUAUAAAUCUUAUCUUCACCAAACUUGGUCAGUAGUUGCAUCUAGUUGAUAUCUAGGCCAAGUUCGAAUAUGGGUCAUGCCAGGUAAAAAACUAGGUCAUAGGGUCAAUUAGUCCAUUUUCAACAGCGCCACUUUGUCCGGACUCUUAUUCAAAUUGUAUUCAUCCGAUCUUUACCAAACUUGGUCAGUAGUUGCAUCUAGUUGAUAUCUAGGUCAAGUUCGAAUAUGGGUCAUGUCGGGUCAAGAACUAGGUCACGGGGUCACUUUGUGCAUUUCAAGCAUUUAGCAUGGUGUUUGCUCUCUAAUUGAAGUAGUUUUCACGUGAUCUUCACCAAAUUUGGUCAGAAGUUGUGUCUAGAUGAUAUGUAGGUCAGGUUCAAAUAUGGGUCAUGCCGGGUCAAAAAUUAGGUCACGAGGUUACUUAGUGCAUUUCAAGCAGUUAGCAUGGUGUCCGCUCUCUAAUUGAAGUAGUUUUCAUCUGAUCUUCACCUAAUUUGGUCAGAAAUUGUGUCUAGAUGAUAUGUAAGUUAAGUUCGAAUAUGAGUCAUGACGGGUCAAAAACGAGGUCACGAGGUCACAUAGUGCAUUUCAAGCAUUUAGCAUGGUGUCCGCUCUCUAUUUGAAGUAGUUUUCAUCUGAUCUUCACCAAAUUUAGUCAGAUGUUACAUCUAAAUGAUAUCUAGGUCAAGUUCAAAUAUGGGUCAUGCCGGAUCAAUAACUAGGUCUCGAGGUCACUUAGUGCAUUUUAAGCAUUGAGCAUGGUGUCCAAAACCUUCGAACGGGCGUAUCUUGUGACAGUUUGGCACUCUUGUUAACCAUUGCGUUCAUUGUUAUGCUCCCCCAAAAUUUAUUUUGGGGGGAGCAUAUAGUCGCCACUUUGUCUGUCCGUGUGUGUGUGCGUCUGUCUGUCCGUCCGUGCACAAUUUUUGUCCGGGCUAUUUCUCAGCAACUAAUAACCGCAAUUCAAUGAAACUUUAUGGGAAGCUUCAGUACCAAGAGGAGAUGUGCAUAUUAUCAGCCGGUUCUCGUCGGAUGAUUUUUCACAGACUUAUGGCCCUUUGAAAUUUUCCAUUAACUGUACAUAUAGUGCAAUUCUUGUCCGGGCUGUCUCAGCAACUAAUGACCGGAAUUCAAUGAAACUUUAUGGGAAGCUUCACUACCAUAAGGAGAUGUGCAUAUUAUCAGCCAGUUCUGGUUGGACGAUUUUUCACAGACUAAUGGCCCUUUGAAAUUUUCCAUAAACAGUACAUAUAGUGCAAUUCUUGUCUGGGCUAUUUCUCAGUAACUUAUGAACGGAAUUCAAGGAAACUUUAUGGGAAGCUUCACUACCAACAGGACAUGUGCAUAUUAUCAGCCGGUUCUGGUCAGAUGAUUUUUCACAGAGUUAUGGCCCUUUGAAAUUUUCCAUUAACUGUACAUAUAGUGCAAUUCUUGUCUGGGCUAUUUCUCAGCAACAAAUGACCAGAAUUCAAUGAAACUUUAUGGGAAGCUUCACUACCAAGAGGAGAUGUGCAUAUUAUCAGCCGGUUCUCGUAGGAUGAUUUUUCACAGAGUUAUGGCCCUUUGAAAUUUUUCAUUGUACAUAUAGUGCAAUUCUUGUUCGAGCUUUUUCUCAGCAACUUAUUACGGGAAUUAAAUGAAACUUUAUGGGAAGCUUCACUACCAACAGGAGAUGUGCAUAUUAUCAGCCGGUAAUGGUUGGAUGAUUUUUCACAGAGUUAUGGCCCUUUGAAAUUUUCUAUAAACUGUACAUAUAGUGCAAUUCUUGUCCGGGCUAUUUCUCCCCAACUACAGACUGGAAUUCAAUGAAGCUUUAUGGGAAGCUUAACUACCUUGAGGAGAUGCGCAUGUUAUUUGUUGGUUCUGGUUCGAUGAUUUAUUUAGUGAGAUAUAUCUCUUUGAAAUUUUUAAGUUGCUAAACCAUCCAUCGAUUAUUUUGUCCAAAGUUAUGCCGCUCAAGACGUUUCCUUAUAUCUGAAUAUAUAGUUCAAUAUUGUGACAAAAAAAACCUUUGGGGAGCAUCACCGGCUCCGACGGUUUCUUGUUCAAAUUAGCAUCCAUGGUUGAAAUGGCAGUUGUCCUUUACAAAGACCAGCCAUAAUAUGGAGCUCAUAAAUCACGUCACGCGCCACGAAUAGUGGACAAGUAGAAUAUUCGUGCUCUGUCAUUCUACAGGGUUGAAUCAAUUAUUACUGUUUGUUGUUGUUUUCCCAACGCUUAUUGUGUAUAUCUGAAUUCUUUUCCUUUGAUAUUAUGAGAUAGAUUUUUAACAGCGUUGAUUUUUUUGUGAUGUGUUAGAUAAUGUUUAUGCCCUUGAGUCAUUAAAGUAAACCAUUUCAGUUAAGAUUAUUAUUAUGUAAAGCCUUUUUUGUGUGAGUACAAUUGUUUUAAUAAUUUGUAUUGUGUAGAAAAUGUGAAAAAUGUGAAAGACCUUUGAAAAUGAUGUAAGCUGUGGUAUUUUGCAGUUGCAAAAUUGUAUAUUAAUGUAUAUACAUGCACUUGCAUUUCAUUCCUGCUAAAAAGCACAAAUAAAAUGUUAUCUAUUG